UUCAAUCUUCUUCGCCAGCGUCACGUUCCGUCGCGUUCUAUUGGCGACCGGUAUCGCAUGUCUGGCAUGGUUCAUCAUCAUCACGUUUGUUGUCAUAUUCCAGUGCACUCCGGUUGCAGCAUUCUGGAAAUUGUGGGUCGAUCGCAGCAUUGUCAUAAUGGUGCCAGGACUCUCCUUGCUUACGAAUUGACCAACCUUGUUGUGGAUAUAUUUAUACUGUGUUUGCCUAUUGGCAUGAUACGAAAGUCAGGACUGCCUUACGAUCGACAGUGUGCCGUUUCACUCAUAUUCCUGCUCGGCGGCUUCGUAUGCAUCACUAGCAUGGUUCGUCUGCGAUAUAUGUGGAUUCUACCUAGUCCAAAAACCGCUUUCGAUGUUGGAAACGUGAUGCUUUGGUCCACAAUUCAACUUGGUCUCGCCAUCAUCUGUGCCUGCCUACCAACCUUCGGUCCUCUGUUGAAAUAUCCGGGCUUCCUUGCGUCGAGAUUCAAGCACUCCUGCCGCUCUUUCGUAUCGAGCAAGUCUUCCUUGGACAGGUCGAAACGGUCAUCUCUACCAAGUGCGGGCUGUGAUUUGUCUCAAACUCAUGCGAGUCAUACCAACACCAAUACACAAGAAUGGAAGUAUGCCGGUAGCCAUUAUUUUGCUCCUGAUGAUGGAUUAUUCACCCUGCAUAAAAAGAAUAAUCACGAGUUUCGUAUCGGAGUUCUACCAUCCACCAGGUCGAGUAGCACUGAAUGA